GCGUCUAAUCUACUGGUAGCUGGUGUUCAGCCCUUCAGAGUCACCCGUUUCCGCUCGAGUGUUCCAACUUGGCCAAGGCUAGGGAGGGAAAGAAAGAGCUUUUUUCUUGCCGAUAUACCACCGGGAAGCCGCGCCUGCGUACAGUGCUUGUAGACUGCACCGACUAUUCCGUCGUCGAUUGCGGAAUAUUUUAAGAGCCGGAGACUCUCUCGCGACACCGUAACUGCCGCCGCGUCACUCCUCGUUACGAACAAACGAUCGUUGCAUCGCCGCGAUCGAUUCGCGGACUAUUGACAGUCCAGCGCGAAAACGCAGUGCCUCCUCACGUAUAGUCGAACGCGCGAUCACGUUUAUAGUCAUGAGUUUGGUACGGCAAAACUUCCACGAGGAGUGCGAGGAAGGGAUCAACAAGCAGAUCAACCUGGAGCUGUACGCCAGUUACGUCUAUUUGUCCAUGGCAUACUAUUUUGACAGAAGCGACGUCGCGUUAACGGGCCUCUACAAGUACUUUAAGAAAGCCUCGGACGAGGAACGCGAGCAUGCCAUGAAGUUUCUGACUUAUCAAAAUAAACGAGGCGGUGAUAUCGUGCUGACGGACAUUCAGGCGCCGGCCAGGAGAGACUGGAACAGCGCGAAAGAUGCUAUGACAGAGGCACUGCAGCUGGAGAAGAAAGUGAAUCAGAAUCUGCUCGAUUUACACCGGAUUGCUACGACGCACGAUGAUGCGAAUUUCAUGGACUUUUUGGAGACUGAAUUCUUGCAAGAACAAGUGGACGCGAUAAAAGAAAUUUCUGAUCACGUAACAAAUUUGGAAAGAGUUGGAGAAGGCCUCGGCAUUUUUAUUUUUGACAAGGAGUUGAAUGAACAAGAUUAAAAAAAUAAUAUUGUAUCUGCGAAAUCUGUCAAACUUUAAUAGAAUUUUAGAUAAAUAUUGCGAAAUGCCGUAUUAAUCGUAUUAUAUCGUAUGGAAAAAAAAUGCUAUAAUAUGAUGAGUAAAUAGCAAAAAAGGCAUAUGUCUAUAUGCAUAUUAUUAUUCGUAUUGUGAUUUUGAGAAAACACAAUUAAUGCGAUUUGUAUUCGAAUCAAUUUAUCGUGCAAUUAAUAAUCUAGAGCAGCUGUUUUUAAAAUAUAUACAUUGUUAUUCAUAUACAUAUGUUAUUCAUAUAUAUAUAUUUAUAUAUGAUGACACAACGAUGCAAAUUUCAUGGAUCUUUUAGAGACUGAAUUCUUGCAAGAGCAAAAAAAAGCAUAUGUCUAUAUGCAUAUUGUUACUCAUAUAUGAUAGCACAACGACAAUGAAUUUGACGAAUUUUUUGGAGACUGAAUUUUUGCAAGGGCAAGUGGGCGCGAUAAAAAAAAUAUCCAAUCACAUGAGGAAUUUAGAGAAAGUCGGAAGGGCUUCUCCGAGUAAUCUCCAGAAAAUUCAUAAAAUUCACAUCAUUGUGUUAUCAUAUGCAAAUAACAAUGUAUAUAGACACGCUUUUUCGCUUAUUCUAUAUCUAUAUAUUUAGGUAGAAAUGUACAUGAGGAAGGAGAUCAGGCAUGUCUACGUUUAUUCGGUCAACAAGCGGCAAAACAACAAUCUAUCUGCGACACUGACAUACAUCUGUGUGCAGAGUAUUCACACAUUGUUCAGCCCAACAAAUAAUUACUAAUACAAUAUUUGCGUACUAGAAAUAUGAGACUGAAUCGGGAACCCAAGUCUUUCGUUUCCCGAAUAAUUGCUCUUGACCGCACUGAGCUUUCCUCACACCUGAUGUCUUACUUAAUAGUCUCUUUAAUACGAUUCCAGAGCGAUGUUGGAGUCGCUCAAUGCAAUACCGAUUGUUACAGAGAUGGAUAGAUUUUUAAAAUGGCCGUUUGUUGACCAAGUGAGGUGGAGGUAUUCGCGUGCAAUGUAUGCUAUCGUAAAUUGUAAUUGUACAUCGCGUUUAAAUGAAAUAGAACGUACUAUUGCAAAUCAAA